UGCAUUGAGUGCGGGGCGACAAGACGCGUUGCAUACCGACAGAGAUCGAGGAGAGUAGCCUAAUUACGGGACGAAUUGUCUACUACAGAACGCAUAUAUUGUAUCCAUUAGUUUGCAAUGUUCUGUCGAAUAUUUGGCAGAAAGCAGUUGAGUAUUUACCUUCGUGUUCAGGUGCGCAUUUGAGCACAUUUUCUCUCCAAACCAUUGAAAACAACAUUAAUUUAGUGUCUGGAAUAUUUGCGGAUAUUUUGCACCAGGAUUUUGUAUCAUUUGGUAUUCCCUCUACGUCUACGAAAACAUCAACAACCCCUUCUUUGGUUAAGGGGUGGGGGGUCAUCAACGAGAAAAGUCAAGGGGAUAGACUCAUGUUUUUGUUCAGUCACAUGUUAAGGCAGUCGGUUAUUGCUGUUGGACAUAAAUAAAGCACACGAGGUAAACCGUUUCACAUUUUACCUGCAAAGGCUCCAUAGAAGAGGACUACAACGGUAUUCUACUACGAAAACAACAUCGAAAUAUCUAUCGAAACAUCAAAACAUGAGCUGCCCAGUCUUACGAAACGUGUUCGCUGGUUUGCUCCUCGCACUGCUGUCGAGCGGGCCAAGUGUGCACGGAGCCGAAUUCGGCCCCCUGCCCGACAACAUUACAGUGCUGGAAGGGGAGAGCAUCAUUCUGAGGUGUAAAAUCGACGAGGAGGUGACCCACAAGGCGUGGUUGAACCGCUCAAACAUCCUGUUUGCGGGGACAGACAAGUGGUCGCUGGACAGACGGGUGUCGCUGGUCAACAGUAACACUAGUGACUUCUCCAUCCAGAUAGAGAGGGUGGAGGUGGCUGACGAGGGGCUGUACACCUGCAGCUUCCAGGCCAGCAACAAGCCCCGCAUAGCCCACGUCUUCCUCAUCGUCCAAGUGCCAGCCAGAAUCGUCAACAUCUCCCAAGACGUGUCAGUGAACGAGGGGGGCAACGUAUACCUCUUCUGUCUGGCGGUGGGACGACCUGAACCCACUGUCACCUGGAAGGAGAACAAAUAUGGUCUAAUGAGUGAGGGGGAGUUCCUGGACAUAACAGAGAUCAAGCGGCAUCAGGCGGAGGAGUUUGAGUGCAUCACUAACAACGGAGUGACGCAGCCCGACAUACGCAAGGUCAAGGUCACCGUCAACUACCCUCCCAUGAUCACAGACGUGAAGAACAUGCCAGCCCAGCUGGGAAAGACGGCCAUUUUGCGCUGUGAGGCAAUGGCAGUACCCACAGCCUCCUUUGAGUGGUACAGAGACGACCGCAGGCCGGUAGAGAGCGAUAACACUCUGAGGAUCAAGAACGAGAAGACGCGCUCACUGCUUCUCUUUACCAACGUGACGGACAAACACUUUGGCAACUACACUUGUUUUGCCUCCAACAGGCUGGGAGCCUCCAACGCCAGCAUGCUGCUCUUCCGGCCAGGAGCCGUGUACGGGCGAGGCGUGGCCGUCAACGUGGGGGUGAGUGCGGGUGUUGGCUUUUGGCUUUGCCUCUCUGUCUCUCUCCUGAUGAAGGUCUAAGAGCUUUUCCCGGAAGUCCCGUCCCGCCUGCGGAAGGAAGAAGGAAUUUAUUUAAUUACGAAACCCAUCACUGUGAAACAAAAAUAAUAUGCAUUAUUCCAGGAGCCAUUGACGCAUCGCAUCUCACAC